AGCAGACACAAACUCCGGGUUAGUUUUUAGUCUACUAUGUUGGAGUAGCGCAACGUCCAACCUGCGUCCGACCACCGUGAGUCUGGAGGCGCACGGUGCUUCAUUCAUCUCUUCCACAUAAAGUUCUGUCUUCUCGGUUGUUUUGACAUUAAGCUCACAAAGAUAACUGCUAUGAUGGUUUCUCUGAAGCGAGAGAGAGAGGCUGAAGUGGAGGACGAGGAGGACAGCGAAGGUAGAGUAGCAGCCAAAAUAGGCCGAGGACGUGCACUAGAAGACAGAAGAAGCCGCCACUGUCCUUACCUUGACACCAUAAACAGGAGUGUGCUGGACUUUGACUUCGAGAAACUCUGCUCCAUCUCUCUCUCCCACAUCAAUGUCUACGCCUGCCUUAUAUGUGGGAAAUACUUUCAAGGUAGAGGACUGAAGUCCCAUGCUUACACUCACAGUGUGCAGUUUACCCAUCAUGUGUUCCUGAAUCUGCACACACUCAAGUUUUACUGUCUGCCAGACAACUACGAGAUCAUUGACUCUUCACUAGAAGAUAUCACGUAUGUGCUGAAACCAACUUUCACCAAGCAGCACAUUGGCGGGUUGGACAAGCAGGGUAAACUGUACCGAGCCUACGAUGGCACAACCUACCUACCAGGCAUCGUAGGGCUCAACAACAUCAAAGCCAACGACUACGCCAAUGUGGUUUUACAGGCUUUUUCCAAUGUUCCACCGUUGCGAAACUACUUCCUGGAGGAGGAAAACUACAUUGGAAUCCGCAGGCCGCCGGGGGACAUCAUGUUCCUCUUGGUGCAGAGGUUUGGUGAGCUGAUGCGCAAACUUUGGAAUCCGAGAAACUUCAAGGCUCAUGUGUCACCACAUGAGAUGCUGCAGGCUGUUGUGCUGUGCAGCAAGAAGAACUUCCAAAUUACCAAGCAAGGAGAUGCUGUGGACUUCAUGACGUGGUUCUUGAAUGCUCUGCAUGGUGCCCUUGGAGGCACCAAGAAAAAAACAUCAAGCAUUACAAAAGCAUUUCAAGGCUCCAUGCGGAUCUUCUCCAAGAAACUUCCACACCCAGAUUUAACACCGGAGGAGAAAGAGGCAUUGCUCGUGACAGAUGAGUACCAGGAGCAGAUGUCAGAGUCCACCUUCCUGUUUCUAACCCUCGACCUCCCAACAGCUCCACUGUACAAGGAUGAGAAGGAGCAGCUCAUUAUCCCGCAGGUUCCUCUCUUCAACAUCCUGGGCAAGUUCAAUGGCAACACAGAGAAGGAGUACAAAACCUACAAAGAGAAUUUUCUCAAAAGGUUCCAGCUGACCAAACUGCCUCCGUACCUCGUCUUUUGCAUCAAAAGAUUCACCAAGAACAACUUCUUUGUGGAAAAGAACCCCACAAUUGUCAACUUCCCCAUCACGAAUGUAGACCUUCGUGAGUACUUGACAGAAGAAGCUCAAGUUACAGAGAAGCACACAACGUACGACCUCGUUGCCAACGUAGUGCAUGAUGGGAAACCCACUGAGGGAGCGUACAGAAUACACGUUCUGCAUCAUGGAACUGGGAAGUGGUAUGAGAUGCAGGACCUACAGGUGACGGACAUUCUCCCCCAGAUGAUUACGCUGUCGGAGGCCUACAUCCAGAUCUGGAAGAGACAAGAGAGUGACGAUGACACAAACAACCACACGGGGGUGUAAGCGAGCAAGCAUUUCCCUCAGAGUGAAUGGCCAGAAGUUCCGUCACCAUUUUGGAAAUGAACUGGGUAUUUAAGUGAUUAAAAAAAUAACAACGGAAUAUAGAAAUAUGUGGCAAAGGAGCAUCAGGACUUUUUCUUCAUAGCCACAAAAUAGCAAAUAAAUGUAAAUGACUCCCAUGUUUUUUUCACUGUGUUUUUACUAUAUGGAAGUUUCCAAAUAAACAAACUCCAGGA